AUGCGUUUCAGCACCACCGCUGCCGUCCUGGCCCUCGCCGGCUCUGCUGCCGCUCACGAGGUGUCCUCCCGGUACACCACCACUCCCACCAUGUCGGUCGCCGCCACCUCGACCCCGUGCACUCACCAUCACCACCCUCACUCCUCCUGCAACGACCAGCACCACCACGCCACCUGCACCCAUCACCAUCACCACCACACCAGCUCCUACCCGGCCACCCCGAGCGUCGCCCACCACCACUCCUCCUCCUCCUCCAGGCACCCGCACUACACCUCGCCGGUGAACCACCACCACCACCACCACACCACCGCGCCCUGCCCCGAGUCCUCGGGAAAGCCGCACCACCCGCACCACCACCACUCGACCGUCCCCGGCGGCGGCGGCCAGCAUCACCACCCGAAGCCCUCGGGCCCUCACGGCGGUCACGGCGGUCACCACCGCAACAACGGCACCGACAGCGGCAAGCCCGGUCCCUCCGGCCCGGUUGUCGUGAGCACCAACGGUGCCGCGCAGGUCGGCGCGGGCGCCGCUGCCCUCGUGGGUGUCGCGGCCCUCUUCGUCACCUUGUAA